CCCGAAACUGCGAUACAUAUGCGAAAGCAGAUUGUUCCUCAAAACGUAAACCUGAGAAUAGCUCUGUAGUGUAUAGGAGUGGUUGUGUCUGUUAAGACGUGCGGUUUGAACGUGCUGCAGUUUUACCGUCCUCAGUGUGUUGGCAUGCGCACGGAUUCAGCGCUAAAACAUGGUUCAAUGUGUGGUUAACAAACCACGUGGUGUGUAAGCAGUGACGCAACACGCGGAAGAUCGUUACAGAGGUGGCAGAUACGUGAAAAAGUAAUGGAGAUAUUGCAUAGAUGUUCUGUGGUGGAGCUCUUCGAUUCUAGAUUUACGGGUAAUCACAUUUCGACGAUUAUGUGUGUCGCCUCCCAGAAAUGUAGCUACCGUAACCAUGCUCCGUGCUACACCAGCUACACAGAGUGAACAAGAUCCGUUUUGACGUCGUGCAGUGGGGCAAUAGCACACGAGGCCGCGAUAAGAGAUAAGGGGCGAGGUGGCGUAGGGAGAUUGAAGGAAUGUGGCGUUGCUGGCUCGUUAACAUUGUGUGGUGAGAGCAGCUAGCACCGUCAGCAGACGACGGUCGUCCUAGGCCGCGGCUAUCAUCUGGUUCGCAGGAAGGCAGAUUUAGCUCAGGUGCACCGGUUUUGCUGUGUCACUUCUGGAUGUACUAAGAAAAUCGAAACAAGUCGGAUGUUGCACUAGCCUACCAAACUCGGUUUUCCUGGUUCUACUCCGAUGCCCAGUGGGGAAUGAGAAACCUGCUCCGCCGCCUAAUGAUGGUGAAACCGACCCAGGUUAGAACUGUCUGUGACCUUCCCGCCAAGCCGACACCAACUGUAUCGCCUAAACGGUGUUAUGAGGAUGCAGUGUAUGCCCUCAAUAACCUCCAGAGUAAUGAAGCUACGCUGAAAAAAUCGAUGCAGUACCCGACCAGUGCGUUUCUCAAAUCAAGACUAAUGCCUGAGCAUCUUCAAGCAGUUGGCCUAAAGGUAUCAGAUCUUGAUGACCUCAAGGUAAUCCAUGUGGCUGGAACAAAAGGAAAAGGAUCAACGUGCGCUUUUGCUGAAAGUAUUCUCAGACAUCAUGGCUUUAAAACGGGACUCUACACCUCUCCUCAUCUCGUGGCAGUUCGAGAAAGGAUCAGAAUAAAUGGGAAACCACUGUCCGAAGCUGCUUUUGCAAAGUACUUCUGGGAUGUUUACCAUAACCUAAAAGCCAAGGAGGGACUGGACAUUCCAGCCUAUUUUCAAUUCUUGACUGUGAUGGCAUUUAAGGUAUUCAUCAUGGAAAAAGUUGAUGUGUUGGUGCUUGAAGUAGGUGUUGGUGGCGAAUAUGAUUGUACUAAUGUAAUAAGGCAUCCUACUGUGGUUGGCAUCACAUCCCUGGGUUUAGAUCAUACACGUUUGCUAGGCUCAAGCCUGCAGGAAAUUGCUUGGCAAAAAAGUGGCAUUUUCAAGAAGGGCUGUCCAGCAUUUUCACUUCCCCAGCCAGAGGGAGCAUUUCAGGUGCUCCAGGAGAGGGCACAGGAGAGGGAGUGUUCACUCAGCUUGGCACCUCCACUUUUGACAUAUGAAUGCGAGUCACCACUUCUGCAACUGGGAAUACCUGGGGAGCCACAGCAUGCAAAUGCAUCACUUGCAUUGCAGUUGUGCAAGACCUGGCUUUCAAAGCACUGCUCAUCUAGUUCCGCAGCGAAAAAACAAGUAGCAAGAGAUGCUGCUCAACGAAAGUGGCUGCAUGACCAGAAUUUACCUUUUAUUGUUCCUCCUUUCACCAUAUCAAAGUUAAUGGCCAAAGGUCUUGAGCAGUGCCGAUGGCCUGGUAGGUGUCAAAUAGUUCCUGCUGGACAAGGCAUGACACUGUACUUGGAUGGGGCGCACACAGAGGAAUCUGUGCACUAUUGUGUACGCUGGUGGCGGGAAGCUGCAGCAUCUGAACAAUGUGCUUUGGGCGCGAAUGUUCAGGUUCACCGUGUGCUUCUGUUCAACUGUAUGGGGGACCGCCGGCCCGAGGUUCUGCUCUCUUAUCUCGCAGAGGAGCCCUUUCAUGUAGCACUGUUCACACCUAACCGCCUCACUGUAAGCAAGAGCCCAUACUCGGAUCAGAGUGACUUUACUGUGGAGAAGUGCACAGAGACGGCCAGAUGCAAAUCCAACAUGCGCAUCUGGUGUCACUUACUGUCAAGCCUUCAAGAAGAAGAGAUGCUUGGUGUAGGCAGCCCUACAUCUCCACCAAGCCUCAAAGGGAACCCUGAAGACUCUUGCAUUGUGUUUUUCUGCAUCUCUGAUGUCAUGGCCUGGCUCCAGGAGCAGCAAGUGGCUGCCCAGCAAUUGACACCUCCUUGCCACAUACAGGUCUUGGUAACUGGAAGCCUUCAUCUGGUUGGCGGAGUAAUGUGCCUACUGGAUCCCAAACUUGCAUUGCUUUAGGGGAUGUACUAACAAAUCUCCAGCUGUAUAGAAAAUUUACCAUCACAUUUACUUUAAAAGAGAACACAUUAUAUGGUUGCAUUUAUAUUUCUAGUUUUUCACACUAGAGGUAUCAUUAUAUUUUGUCAAGAAUAAGGUGUCAGGUUUGAAUUACCAAUAAUAGUACUAUUACUGCAGUGUGUGUUUUAACAUAACUUUGCGCUUUUAUGAAACAGUAGUCCAGUAGAGAUGUCAAUAACAUGUUUUGCAAUCUGCCAAACACCAAGUAACAAUGCCCUUAAUGCACACAGCUUGAAACAAUUAUUUAAUGGUUCACUUUUACUGUUAAGCAGCUGUUAUGUUUUUAAAGCUUGCCAUUCCACAGCAAGCUAUGGUAGUGAGCAUGCCAAUAAUUUUGCAAUAAUGUACGAAGCAAAUACUUGUCUUUGUUCCUUUAUAAUCAGAUUCUCGGGCUCUUAACUCAGCAUCAUCUUGAUUGUCCUUUGGCUUACAGUGAGCUAUAUGAUAAAUUAGGUUUUUAAAGGAUUUAUCAAAAGAGAUCACAAGUUUUGGUAAAGAAUUGCUGAAAAAUCAAAAUUUCAUAAUGCUUUAAGUGUCUCUAGGCUGAAGCACAUGUGUUGUGAAAGUUUUGUUAAUAGUGUUUUGCAUGGUCUGUGUGCAGCUAAUGCUCAUCUUGCCAGACACUGUGAACUUUGCGCGUGUAUAGCUGUCUCUAGUAAGAAACAUUAUAUUGAGGCUAUGUUGGUCUCUUUUAAUGUGGGUUGUGUAGUUUUUACUCUUUUAAACAUUUUAUAAAAUACUGUUAUGCAUUUUGAUGCAGCUGCCUUGCAAUAGGACCCAAGGAGUGUGGCAAAACUACAGUAAGGUAUAUGCUAAGGCAUUUAAAAGUUAUAAGGCUCAGAUACAUCUUCUUUAGAAAGACAAAUUGUUGAAACCAACGAAAUAAGCUCAAGCCUUCUCUCAUAGCUUGUAAGCAUGCUGUAAAAGUUAAACAGUGUGCUUGAUUGGGCUGGUUGGUGUUGCAUGGUAGACUAAAACAGCGUGAAGGACAGGACAAACGGAAAGAGAAGACAAACACAGCAUUUUAGUUGUCUUGUUUCUUGUAAUGAUAUAUGUGGGGUUUAACGUCCCAAAACCACCAUAUUAUGAGAGACGCCUUCGUGGAGAGCUCUGAAAAUUUUCACCACCUGGGGUUCUUUGACAUGCGCUUAAAUCUGAAUAGGGCCUAUAGCAUGUUUGCCUCCAUCCAAAAUGCAGCUUCUGCAGCUGGGAUUAUCUCGCGACCAACGUUCCUGUAAAAGUUCUGCGAAUUGAUAGGGCAGCAUGAAAGUUAUAAUAUGAAAGUUAUAAUAAAAAAAGCUAAUGACUUCUUGAAAAACUGGAUUUAGCACGAUUUAAUGGGACUCGUUAUAGCAGCACACUUACUUCCUUGGACACAAAAUUCGGCAUCACAUGACUAGGGUGACAUGUUCCGCUAUUGCAUCGGCAAAACCAGUGGCAGAACAGGCCUUUAAAGCCAAAUAUGUGAAAUGGCCCCCAAAAUAACUUUUGCACUAGUGAUCAAUGUGUACCGUACCCCCCAGAGUACUGAGGUGGUCCAUAUGUGGCUUUCCAGGUCUCUGGUUUUCCAGAAAUUAUAGCCGUUUCAGAGCUCUCCCAUUAUUGGGUGGGUUAGCUUGCUAGAAAAUCUCAGCAUUUGGCAUCGAUCUUCUUGGCUUUAUUGCUUUACAGAUAGAAUAUGGGUCAUGCUCUGCAUAUGGCACACUAUCACUUGUUUGACUGUGCAAUUGAAUUGUUCUUAUUUUGUAUUGGUGGCUACAGUUUAAAACUUUUAUUUACACCUGUAUACCUUGAACAGAGCUGCUAAAUAAAUGCAUUUGUCAAAGGUACUGUAUUGUACCCAAGCUUUG